CCAGGUGAGAAAUUUGAUGAUUACUAUAACCGUCUUGAAGUAACAUACGAUAAUGCAUACCGAGACUCUGAAUUUCGUGACGCAAAGGUGAAAUCUCGAUUGUUAGCUGAGAAAUUUCGUGACUCUAUACGUGAUAUACGGGCUAGAGAGAGUAUAUUAGAUAAAGGAAUUCUCGAUGACACUGGGAAAUUAAAAGAUUCUGUAGUAAUUAUUGGUAUUGCAAAAAGGGCAAGAGAAGUGGGGGAUCUCCUCAAGUCAGGGGCUACUGUAGCCCAACUAUCCCCCCCUGAUCAGACGGAACUUGAGUCCAUGAUUAGCAAAGCGGUUGUCGCAGCCCUACAGCAAAAGAGACCGUCUCCACCCAGACCACCUUAGCAAGGUCGUUGUGGAAAUACUCCAAGCAAGUUUUGGCGUUGUCAUUAUUGCAAUAUCACCAACCAUCCCGGGGGGUGGAACAUGGGCGUACCGGAAGGAAAAAAUUAGGGGGGCGGAAACAAAUUUGCCCGACUUUUUCGGAUUGUGCCCGAGCAGUGCCGAAAAUUUUUUUCCCUGGAACAAUAAAUUUUAGCGACCUUCCCCCCCCGUCGCCAAAAAAUUUCGGUCACUGUACCAUUUUAGGGGUCCAAAAUUUUUUCGGACAUACCAAAAUUUUUCUGAACAUCAAACAAAUUUUCCAAACAUCACAAAAUUGACAUAAAUUCCCGCAAAAUUGACAGAAUUUGUCCCAUUUAUUUUUAUAAUAACCCAAUAUUGCCCGACUGUGAAGCGAAUAUUGCCCAACUGGCAUUGUUUGCCCAACAAACUGGGGUUAUUAUUAAGAGAGAUUUUAUUGCUUUGACUACUUUUUAAUUUCCCACUCUUCGCCCGACUUAUGUUGAACAUUUGCCCGACUUUUCGACUUUGUAAUCUUUUUUUUUUGGGGGGGAGGGCAGCUGCCCCCCGUCCCGUACGCCUAUGGGUGGAAGGUCUGCCCAGAUAGGCGUAAAUAUAAUCCCUCCUAGACCCCAAGACGGCAAAAACCUCGGGCGGGCAGAGUUCAACAACCAGAGGGGGAACAACCUGCUGACCAGGAUUUUCGCCCAAACCCGUAGCCGAGGGUGGCGGUUGCGGGACAAGUCCCAUACCACCAGUACCCACUAAAGAGUCAAAGAAAAAACCCUGUCAGCAGACCGAUGAUGGGCUGGGUACUUUAGAGGAGUUGAAAGCGAUGCAACGGGGGAGACAGACAAAAUUAAGUAGAGGGGACUCUGAAAUGGAUGGGCCUUAUGAAAGGAGAAAUGAAACGAUUAAACAUUUAAGGGGGGUGUUAAAACGUAGCCCUUUUGUACGUGCCCGUUGGGGGUAUUGGCAGCAAGGAGGUCAGUUUAUUACUGGACACUGGGGUUGAAGUCAAUUUAGUGGACGAAAGUGUCUUAACAAGUGAUGAGCGUAAGACAAUGAAAGAACCAGACACAAAACCGCCCCAGGGGGUGAGCGGUGACGUCAUUAAUAUUGUGGGUACCCUUACAAAAACAGUGAGAGUGGGUGGUCAAGUAGUAAGAAAUCAUAAGUUCUUUUUGGUCAAGAACUGUGUUGUUAAAUAUCUAGCAGGGAUUGAUUUUAUAUUUCGCUUGGGGAGAGCGACCUGAGACCCCAGAAGGGGACAAUUAUACAUACAUGAGACGGGGCAGAGUACGAAACUUGAGACCAUGUACCGUCCUGAAAGUGGAAUAAAUCGGGGCGCAGCUUGUGAUGUACUAGUCAAGGAAGAUGUUAUUGUGGAGCCUGGUAAAGGUUAUACGGGACAAAAUAAGUCGCGACUUACAUAAGACGCGACUUGAAUAAGCGGAGUUAUCGCAUAAAUGGUUCUCUACGACUUUGGUCUCAUUUAUUUGCUUUAGCUAUCAAUGUUGUUUUGGUUGUUUUUGUUUUAAUAUGCAAGGCUAAUAAUUUUACGUUGUUUCGACUUUCUGGCAUGCUAAAAGACCUGUUCUUAUGUGAGACGCGUCUUAUCCAAGACGCGUCUUACAUAAGAAUUUUGUACCUUUUAUACGACAAACUCGUGUCUUACUUAAGUCGCGUCUUAUCACUCUUAUGUAAGUCACGUCUUAUUUUGUUUCGUAUAAAUGGCCCUAAUGUUUAGUUAAAUGUGUGGCAGACAAAGCAUUUAGAGGUCUGGACUACAUGGCAGCAUCAGACACCUCCCCAGGGGAUGAACCUAUUCGCCCUGCAUGUUGUAUUGUUAGGGUAGAUAUGAAUAGAGAACUAUGGCUCCGAGUCAUCAAUGUUAACAAAGUUAGUGAAACCCUUCGAAAAGGGGAAAAGAUUGCCCUAUUAGACACAGAGUUUGAAACCACCUUUCCAGAUAAACACAUGAAAACUAAACCAACUGACCGAGUUACUGGGUAUAAAGGAGAUGAAAGACUCGAUUCUAGGAAACAGGAAGAGGUUGACAAACUUCUGAUAGAAUUUUCUGAUGUGUUUUGGAAACCCGGUGACCGUCUUGCAUCUGUCCAGGGUUUGGGGAAGCAUUGUAUUAGACUCAAACCAGAUGCGAGACCAGUUGGUAUGAGACCGAGACGGUUAUCCCCAAAGGAACGAGAAGAAGUGAACAAGGAGAUAACGCAUCUCCUUGGUCAAGGCUUGAUCACACAGUCAACGAGUCCUUGGGCUGCACCAAUUGUAGUGGCACGUAGAAAGAAUGGCCAAAUCAGGCUUGCAAUUGAAUAUCGGGCUCUGAAUGCUCAGUCUUUUGAUCAGCAUCAUCCAAUACCACGUAUUGAUGACGUAAUUGACAGGCUUGGGGAAGCUAAAUAUUUCUCAUCUUUAGAUUUAAAGAGUGGUUACUAUCAAAUGCCACUUCGAGAAGAAGAUUCGGAUCUCACAGGAUUUGUCACCCCAGAUGGUCAGUUCCAGUGGACUGGUCGAGGAACCCCGUUUGGGUUAUCAGGAGCACCAGCCUCCUUUCAGCGGCUGAUGAGUGGCGCCCUUGGGUCUCUGAACUGGCAGGUAGCACUCUGCUACCUAUAGACGAUAUACUUGUUUGGGGAGCAACAUGGACAGAGCACAUGCAGCGUCUCCGGCUAGUACUCCAGAGAUUACAAGAGGUGGGAAUUCUCCUGAAUCCAGAGAAGUGUACGUUUGGUGUUCGUCGCAUUGAAUUCCUUGGUCACGUUAUCGGUGAAGGAAUGUCGUCUAUCAGCGAUGCCCGGAGAGAGGCACUAAUCAAUACCCCAAAACCAACAACGGUAACAAUGCUGAGGAAGGCGCUUGGAGCAUUCUCCUACGUUCAACGAUGGAUUCCAGGGAUGGCGGACAUUGCAAAACCGUUAUAUGAUCUUUUAGACAAAGAUGGCAAGAAAUUACUUAAAUGCACAACCUGAGACAACAGCAGCACUUGAACGCCUUAAGAAACAGGUUGCGAGACCUCCAGCACUUUACCUUCCGGAUUUCACCAGGCGAUUUGUAUUGGUGACAGAUGCUUCGACAGUGGGUACGGGAGCAAUAUUAGCUCAGCCGGAUCGGUUUAAACCAGAUGGCCCAUUAAAUCCAGUGGCAUUCUUUCAUCACACUCUUUCCUCUAGUGAAAGGAACUAUAGCAUCACAGAUAGAGAGUUGCAGGCGAUAGUAUUAGCAGUAAAGAAAUUUCGUGUUUACCUUGCGGGAAAGCGUUUUGACCUAAUCACCGAUCAUCGGGCUCUGUCAUGGAUUAACGAAAGCCUGGACUUAAAAGAUGUUGGCGGUAGGCGAGGGAGGUAGUUGGAAUUCCUUCAACAAUAUCCAUUCGAUCCAAUAUAUCGGGCAGGAAAGUCACCAGAACUGGCAAUGGCAGAUUAUUUGUCCAGAGUAGGACAUGGAGAGCAGGUAGCAACUCUGUGUAUGGCAACCUCGCCAGUAGGUCAGGCUGAAUCGGACAGUGCUUACCGAAUCUUUCCCAUGCUUGCGAGGAAAGAUGUCCAUGACGCCCAAAUGUAUUGUCCAGCAGUAGGGGAAUACCUAAGAGCCUGUGAACAACAACGGGAAUUGAAGGACCCAAUAAACCUCGAGGCAAAGGCCUUGUGGCAGGCGCGCGAUCGAUUGACAGUAUGGGAAGACGGUAUUUUACGUUAUCGUAACUACAAGGGUCGACCAACGGAAAAUAGUCCACUCGGGAAAAACCAGAAUCUCCUUGUUGUACUUCCUCAAAGUCUACGUCGGAGGUUUCUUCAGUUAGUUCACGACUCACCUCUAGGGGGACACAUGGGACGUGAUCGCACAUGGGACCGUGUUCGGGCAAUGGUAUGGUGACCAGGAGUGAAGUCAGAUGUAGCAAAGUAUGUUGUCGGUUGCGAUGUCUGCCAACGCGUGAAACAUGGUUCAAAAGGCAAAGCAAACCUGGAGAAAACUGACAUUCCAAAACAAACGUUCCAACGCAUUCAAAUCGAUUUCGUUGGUCCCGUUCAAGCGUCAGUCCCAGAAGGCUUCACAUAUGUCCUUGCCACACAGGAUGUAUUAACACGUUAUGUUAAGUUGGUCGCAGCGUCAGAUAAUUCGGCAGAGACAGCAGUUCGUGUGUUAAUAGAUCAAUGGAUAACUCAGUUCGACAUACCCGAAGUGACCUGCGACCGUCUUUGA